ACCAUGUGAAUGUUAAGUAUACUCCAGCGGGAUAACGUACCGACUGGUCUUCCAGACUUCGAGCGGCGGCUGAGCUUGAGCUCGCUAGGGUUUUCUUCAUCUUCGUUUAAUCGUUUCCAAACCCUAGCGUUUGAUCUUACUCUUUCUCGACGCGAAGUCGAAUCCUCAAAUUCUAGGUGCUUAGGUCGAGGGAACGGCCUCUACUUAUGGAGAUCGCUGAGGGGAACCAGAACGCUUCCGACGAGUUCGAGGGCGAGUACUAUGUCGAGGAGAUUGAAGAAGAGGUCGAGGAAUAUGAAGAAGAAGUGGAUGAUGAUGAAGAAGAAUUGGGAGACCGAGACGGAGGCGUCGGUCGUAGUGCGGUAGAAGGAGAAGGAGUUGGAGAUAGAGAUAAAAGUGGAAUCACACCGCGGAAGAGAUCGGAAAAUGUGGAGAACAGUGGAGAGGAGAUGAAGCAAGCUGAUGCUGGUUCCUCUUCAGCGGGAAAAAUCUUUGUUGGCGGUGUUGCUUGGGAUACUGCGGAAGAAACAUUCAGUAAUCAUUUCAGCAAGUAUGGGGAGAUCACUGAUUCUGUCAUAAUGAUGGACAAGAACACACACAUGCCAAGAGGGUUUGGGUUUGUCACAUUUGCUGACCCAUCUAUUAUUGACAAGGUUUUGGAGGAUGAGCAUGUCAUAGACGGGAGAACUGUAGAAGUUAAAAGAACUGUUCCAAGAGAAGAAAUGCCUUCCAAAGCAGGAAUCAAGACAAAGAAAAUCUUCGUGGGAGGGAUACCCACGUCACUAACUGGAGAUGAGCUUAAGGAACACUUUUCCAUGUAUGGUGAAGUAGUUGAUCACCAAAUAAUGUUUGACCAUGCUACUGGUCGAUCAAGGGGUUUUGGUUUUGUGACCUUCAAAGAUGAAGAAUCUGUUGAUGUAAUUAUUUCUAAGGGCAAGAUGCAUGAUCUCGACGGAAAACAAGUUGAAAUCAAGCGGGCCGAACCAAAGAGAUCAGGUGGCAAUCCGAGAAUGAACGAGAGGGCCAGUUAUGAUGCUCGCAGUGGAAGCAGCAGUGGAUACCGAGCAAACUCUUAUGGCUUUGGUGGUGGUCGUUAUGACAUGUAUUAUGGCGGCGGCGGCGGCGGCGGCACAAGUUAUGGUUAUGGCAGAGGCUAUGGCUAUGGUGGUGUUCCUAGUUUUGGCGCUGGUUACGUAGCUAACUAUGGUGGCUACAUGUAUGGAGGUGGCGGAUUCAACGGCAGCAAUAUGUACGGUGGCCCAGGUGGCUACGGUGGGUGGUAUGGUAGUUAUGGCAGUGGCAGUGGCAGAGGAGGAGGUUAUGGAAGCAGAUACCACCCAUACACCAAAUGAAUUAUUGUUAUGAAGCAAACUAGCGAAGAGCAUUUAUGGGUUCGCUGAUGUAGACUUACAUGAUGGUGAUCAAUCUGAUCUCUCCAACUAAACUGCUUACUGCUCUUGUUCUCGAGAAAUGCCCAAGAGAGCCGAGUGUUGCAACAACAUUAUUCCAAACAUAUAUAUGAUUGAGAGAUUGCAAUUUUAUUGUUGGUGUAUCCUUUUAGCUUUGUUCUUGACUUGCCUGCUGAAUUGUUGCUAAUCCAAAAAUUUGAGUCUAUGACAUA